AUGGAUAAUUUCCCAGGUCCAUUAAAAUUCAACGUUUCCGAAGGUUUUGAUGGUAGCCUGCCCACUUUGUACCUAAAUCCAUAUUCAUGGACCAAGACUUCCAGUUUUAUAUUCAUAGAUUGGCCUGCUGGAAUUGGAUUUUCCUAUUCAAAUGUGUCCGGAAGUUACUUAUCCUCUGACACCAAAUCAGCAAAAGAUAAUUACGCAUUUCUCAGAAAGUGGUUGUUGAAGCACCCCACAUUUAUCAAGAAUCGUUUAUAUAUUGCGGGUGAUUCCUAUGGAGGAAAAAUGGCUGUCUUGGUUGCCAACGAAGUAUUAAAAGGUAAUGAAGCAGGAUUGUGGCCACAAAUGCUCCUCCAAGGACUCAUCCUAGGUAAUCCAUUUGCUACUACACUGAAUUCGACUUAUAGCGAUCGAAUUCCAUAUGCUCACCGUGUGACACUUAUAUCAGAUGAAUAUUAUGAGGCUGCCAAAAGUAGUUGUGAUGGUGUAUAUUACAAUCCUGAUCCAAACAAUUUGGAAUGUGUUAAUGUUCUUCAAGAGAUCCAAAAGUGUGUCAAUGACAUAAAUCCAGCACAUAUUUUGGCACCAAAAUGUAGUAGUGACUUUGCGCCUAAACCGGACGAGUUUAGACGGGAUCGAAUAAUCAUGGAAAACGAUGCACUCAACCACCUUUACCUCCCAUCUCAAGAAGAGAACGCAUGCUUACUACAAAGUAAUGCACCAUCAUAUGUCUGGGCAAAUAAUCCAAGUGUCCAAGAAGCUCUUCAUGUCAGAAAGGUACAUUGA